AUGAGGACUGGGGGAGAGAGUACACAGGUGCAGACGGGGGCGGAGAGUACACAGGUGAGGACGAGGAGAGAGUACACAGGUUUUGCAGACGGAGGAGAGCGGUCGUUCAGGAGGAGAGAGUCACAGGUGCAGUCGGAGGAGAGAGUACACUGGUGCAGUCAGGGGAGAGAGUACACAGGUGCAGACGGGGGAGAGAGAGAGAGUACACAGGUGCAGACGGGGGACGAGAGCAAACAGGUGCAGACGGAGGAAGAGAGUACACAGGUGCAGACGGAGGAGAGAAGGUGUCAGGAGGAGAGAGUCACAUGCGUUGCAGAGGACGGGAGAGAGUACCACAGGUGCAGACGGGGGGCGGUGAAGAGUGGUACAACAGGUGCGACGGGGGAGAGAGUACACAGGUUCAGACGGGGGUGA